AUGGCGGUUUGGCUGUGGCCUUCCAUCGCUGCCUGGCUGCUGCGGAGCUGCCUGGGAGAUGGCCCCGGUGAUGGAGGACGAGGUCAAGCAAGAGGUCAGCCGGGACAAGCCUCCAUUGCCGCGGGGGCCUACUGCAGCUUUGCCAUUGGAGCUGAUGGGGAGCUCUAUGGCUGGGGGAAGAAUGAGUUUGGCAAGCUGGGCUUGGGGGAUGAGGAGGACCGGCUCAUUCCCAGCAAGCUGAAUCUGCGGGCCACGGCCAUCACCGCCGGACGCCAUCACGCCGUGGCCAUCGAUGAGUCGGGACGCUUGUGGACCUGGGGAUCGAAUCAAAAUGGUCAGCUGGGCGCAGGCGACGAGGUUCAGAGCCUCGCUUUGCCACACGAGCUCUUUGCCUCCGGCGCCACCCAGGUGGCGAGUGGGGCACGGCACAACCUGGCGGUGGUCCAUGGCCAGCUUUACAGCUGGGGAUGGAAUUCCAACGGACAGCUGGGGAGGAGUGGAAGUGGCUCCAGUCCAGCUCAAGUGGACUUGAAUGGGGUCGUAGCCGUGGCAGCAGGCUUCCUUCAUAGCUUAGCCCUCAGGGCUGAUCAAAGCCUAUGGGCGUGGGGCACCAACGGGAAAGGACAGAUGGGCACUGGGCAAGCUGACCAUGGGAGCCACACUCCGGUUCAGAUUCUCGCCAGUGGUGUCACAUCUAUUGCAGCUAUGGAUGAAACCAGCUUCGCCGUCUACGAUGGUUUCCUCUUCGGCGUGGGGCUGGCUGGGUCACCAGCAAACCAGCAUAUUGCAAGUGCUGUGAAGAUCUGUGAAGCAUGUGAGGUGAUGGCUGGGGGCUUGGCACACAGCUUGCUGCUCUAUGAGGAUCAAAGCCUUUGGGCCGUGGGGCAUGACGCGCAUGGCGGACUAGGCUCCCGGCUGGGCGGCGACUUUGCCACCACACCAGUCCAGGUCUUCGAGGCCGGCGCCAUCCGUCCCUUCAACCGCUCGGCCUUUGCGUUUGCACCCGGGUCCGCUGUCAGCGCCGACCCACGAGCUCUGUCUGAUGAUGGCUUGUCUCCCUACACCGCUGCGAUCUUGCGGGAGGAGUUGAUGGAUCCGUCGCUGCGGGUCUUCCGGAGGGGAGUCAACUCCAUGGGAGAUCCAUGGGAUCGAUUUGCUCAUUCCGGUUUAGAUGCUGUGCUGCUGUUGCUGCCACGGUCCGCCGAGAAUGUGCUUCGGUCCGCCGAAACGGUCGCGGAUGGUCGCGGAGAUCCCUGCGGCAUGCUCAAGGGCCUCAAUGCCCAGCUCAGAUUCAGGAUCCUCCGCGGCGACGAGACCGCCUGGGCCGAAGUCGCGCGAUCGGCCGAAGGUGCGACGGGCGGGCGUGCCGUGCCGCCGGCGCGCGCGAGCCGAAAGCUGAGGCUUGCCUAUUCCCAAGAAGAUGGCAGAGUCCUCGCCCGCAUCGAUGGGAAGCGCUUCUUGAUGCCGGCCUUGGAACGGGUCAUCGGCCGUAAAAGCGCACUGCUUGCAUUGUUGUACACCUACCCUUUAUCAGGCAGCGCGGUGAGCGCCACCCUCACCUUCGAACACCUGGGUUCCACUUGGACCAUCCACGCCCAUGACAACGAGCUCCACGUCACCGGGGACUGCCCAGAGGAUAUGUGGUGUGGCUUUGGAUUCAACAAGGAGCGGACGGGUGAAAUUCACGGAGCUGCCCAGGGGAAUCCGACCGACGCGGCCCAGAUGGCGGGGGCAGAUGUCUUCACCUUUGGACAUCAUCAGGGCACGGAUCUGCCCGACUGCCCUAUGACCUGUGGCACCGGCUGUGGCUGCGGCUGCGGAACGAGGCGCCUCUCAGCACCGAAGAAUCCCUUCAUCCCGCGGGUGCGCGACCUGAAAAUCCAGCUGCCGAAGCCCUUCACCACGCCGGGCGCGGCCCACAAGCUCGACCAGGUGGGCGGAGUGGUGGGUGUGGCCAUGAACUCCGUGCUCUUCGUCAACGAGCAUCCGGAGGAGGGAAUGACGUGGCUUUUUGACAACUGUGGUGGUCAUGGCGACACUUACGGUCAUUACCACUACCACGCGCCACCUCUUUGCCUCUUGAAGUCCUUGGGCGUCCCUGUCCCCAAGAAGAGCGCCUGGUGGAAGAGCGCCGGGGCGGCCGCCUGGCCGGAGCAUGGCCCUGAGGUCCAGAUCGGCUGGGCUCUCGAUGGAGCACCGAUCAUGGGCCCCUUCAAAGGUGGCGUGAGAACUGAGAAGAAGCUCUUGGAUGAGUGCCACGGUGCUUUUGACGAGCUCACGGGUGAGUAUCGCUACUAUUUGCUGCCCAGUGCACCUUACAUGCCCCCCUGCUUGCGCGGAGCUCAGCUGGGCAAUGUGUCCAGCUUUCGCUCGCGGAAGGAUGGAGAGCCUUGCAGCAAGUCUGAGAGCCACAGCAUGCAGACCUCCAUCAUGGCAGGUGGAAAGCACGGCGCCUUGGUUGUGGCUGCGGCUGCGGCGCUAACAAGUAUGGGACUUGUCCCAGUGCAUGUGGAUGCGGUGCCACUUGUGGAUGUGGGUGCGGCACUACUACAACCGGAUGUGGAUGCGGUGCCACUUGCGGCUGCGGGUGCGGCACUACUACAACCGGAUGUGGAUGCGGUGCCACUUGUGGAUGUGGGUGCGGCACUUCUACAACCGGAUGUGGGUGUGGCACGACUUGCGGCUGCGGGUGCGGCACUUCUAAUACAACCGGAUGUGGGUGCGGUACGACUUGCGGCUGCGGGUGUGGCACGACUUGCGGCUGCGGGUGUGGCACGGCUUGUGGCUGCGGGAUGGGGUGAGUGGGCUGAUGGCAGGAGUGCAUCUGAGGAAUAUUCCCUGACCUUCGAGAACGGCCGGAUGAAGGUCUCCGCGCAUCGGGCCUUCAACACUGGAGACCCCACGGACUACGUGCUCGAUAUGGACAGCGACACGCAGUACUACGUGCUGUUGACGGUUGGCCAAUCCAUCAAGGUGGGCUACCACGGAAAUUCGCGCACGCAGACCUUGGUGUGCGUCUCCACACUGUCAACCAAAGGCCUGGAAAGUGUGGAAGUGGAGUGGAAGGGAGGACUGGGGUGA